GAUGACGCAAAGACUGUGACUUCGCCUCCCAUCCCCUCUUCUUCUUCUUCUUCUUCAUCAUCAUCUCCACAUCUCCUCUCUUCGUGUCUCUCCCGAUGCCUCGCUCUCGUCGGAUGGGAGACAGCAACACACAGCAGACAGGAUGACAAACCAACCGACAGCCAACCAGUCCAACACAAACAAGGAGAAGGAGAAAGAAGAAAAUCAGCAAGAUGACAACACAGAGAUGGCAUAUAAAGACGCCGGCCACUGCAGCCGCAACACACACAACCUGCUGCUGGGACUUACUGUUAUGGGUGUUGUCAUGGGAGCAGUUUUCGGGAUGACGCUGCGGUACCUGCAGGUGUCGGACAGUGCCGCCCUCACGAUGGUUUCCUUUCCUGGAGAAAUCCUCAUGAGGAUGCUGAAGAUGCUCAUCCUGCCUCUCAUCAUCUCCAGCCUUAUCACAGGGCUUGCUGGUCUAGACGCCCGCUCCAGUGGCAGGAUGGGUAGCCGAGCUAUGGUGUACUACAUGUCCACCACUGUAAUCGCUGCCGUCCUCGGGGUGAUCCUGGUGUUGGGGAUCCACCCAGGGAACCCCAAACUGAGGGGAGGCCCCUCAUCAUCCUCAGCCACGAAAAACCAGGAAGUCAGCAGUCUCGACGCCUUCCUUGACCUGAUUCGAAACCUCUUUCCUGAGAACCUAGUGCAAGCCUGCUUUCAACAGGUUCAGACGGUGCUGAAAAAGGUGCCAGUCGCAGCAACAAACCAAACCGAACCCAUAUUAGUGAACAGGAAAAAACUGGAAUACAAAUGGGGCAUGAAUGUCCUCGGUUUGAUUGGCUUCUUCAUCACCUUUGGGAUCUGCAUGGGUCGGAUGGGCGAGCGCGGGAAGAUCAUGUGUGACUUCUUCAACAUCCUCAAUGAAAUUAUCAUGACGAUGGUGUCCAUGAUCAUGUGGUACUCUCCUGUUGGCAUUGCCUCUCUGAUUGCGGGAAAGAUCGCGGCUAUCGGUGACCUGGAGGUGGUGGCCAGGCAACUGGGCAUGUACAUGGUGACUGUCAUUGUGGGUCUGGUGAUCCACGGGGGCUUGAUCCUACCUGCUAUAUUCUUUGCAAUCACCAGAAAAAGCCCUUUUACUUUCUACUCUGGGAUCUUCCAGGCAUGGCUCACAGCUUUGGGAACUGCUAGCAGCGCAGGGACGUUGCCAGUCACCUUCCGCUGCCUGGAGGAAAAUCUGAAGAUUGAUAAGCGUGUGACUCGUUUCGUGCUACCCAUAGGUGCCACCAUUAACAUGGAUGGCACUGCCUUGUACGAAGCUGUGGCAGCCAUCUUUAUUGCCCAAAUGAAUGACAUCACCCUGGACGGUGGGCAGAUCAUCACUGUCAGUAUGACUGCCACACUGGCCAGUGUUGGAGCCGCCAGUAUUCCCAGUGCUGGACUGGUAACCAUGCUACUGAUCCUGACAGCUGUUGGCCUGCCUACCCAGGACAUCAGUUUGCUGAUCGCUGUCGACUGGCUGCUUGACCGAAUGCGUACCUCCAUCAAUGUUGUUGGUGACUCAUUCGGUGCCGGGAUUGUGGAUCACUUGUCAAAGACGGAGCUCGGCGAACUCGAUGCGGCUGAAAUGCAAAUGCUCCCGCAAGAGGAGGAGCUCGAGUUUGUCCCUCCGCCACCAAUCCUCACGGAAAUGGACAUGGUCGACCCGCUCAAACCGCCUGAGCUGCCACCUCGUUCCCCUCGCCCACCCAAACAAAACCACCACAGUCACAUUCUCUCCCAGUCCCACUCCCUCACUUAUUCACCAUCCCGUUCUGUCCGAUCUCCGUCACCACGCUCCAUAAGUUCUCCCUCCCCACGUUCCGUCUGUUCCCACUCUCCUCGGCCUUUCCGCACUCAUUCACCACGCCUCCUCCGCAGGACGGAGCCGGGAUAUUGUGCCCUGCCCAGCCAUGACAAUCAGAUUCCCACACUGCCUCGCUCCUACAGGGAGAGAGAGCGAGAGCGAGAGAGAGACAGGGAGCGGGAGCGACUGAGGCGAGAGAGUGAAACUGAGGAGGACGAGGAGAGGGAGAGGGUUCUGGGUGAAGUAAGCGAUGGCGAGGAGAGCGAUGACACAGCUUACGAUCGGAGGCAUGCCAUCCCACCAUGCGACCUACCGUGAUUGGAUUUUUCCACCAACAUGCUUCACAGUCCAUUUGUGUUCGUUUUACAGCCGGUUUCAACCACUUUCAGCUUCACUCUUCAGUGGAGGUAUAGAGUGGGUUUCUAGCUGGCUGCACUGCAAAUUUUUUAAUGCACAGAUCUUAGAAUAUUGUGAUGAGAAUAUAGUGUAAUACUCCUUGGAAGGCCCCUUAAACCAGGCCUGAGACUUUUGCUCUGUGGUUGAAUGCUGAAAGGGUUUUUUCCUCCUCAUCUUAUCCAUUCCUGUCUUGAUUUAUCAUUUUCAGCUGAGACCCAACAAACUUAAAAUGUUACCAGAGAAUCUGAGUCUGCUCUUGAUAUCAAAUAAGUUUGUAACACACGAACAUAAAUUUGUUUUGCUCAGUUCCCUUUGCUUUCCAGUCCGGAAGUUAAAAAAAGAAAGAAAGAAAGAAAAGUUUGACAUUUUGAGGAAAUAUUUGCAGUGAUGAAAAAAUUAUUCAACUUACAUCUUUAACUGUAAAUAUAUGUGGAGCCUCAGGUAGCAGUUAGUUAACAAUGAGAAACAUCUGGCCUGGUUCUCUUUCAAGGUCACAAAAACAUUUACCAGCACCAUUAAAUCUCAUUAAUUAACAUGUGAUUUCUUUUUGUAAUAAGUUUAAAAGCUGUCAUUGCACAAAUCCAGUGAAAUUGUUUGCAAUCCUUGGUGCAUAAUAAAAUGAUAAUACAGAGGGAUGAAUAAAUAGAUUAAUCACAAGCACUUAAGCACACACACAUACAAUCAUCCUAUAAUUGUUACACAGCUCCUUUAGCAGUUUUUCAAAGCUCUGCUUACUGCACACCGAGAUUUAGGCAGCAUUCAGGGAUAAAAACUGUUUUUUACUCUCUUUGUUUUAAGAGUUCUAUAUCUCUUAAAAUGAGUCUCUCAGUGUGUUUCAGGCUUUUUUUAAGGCAGCAUCAACUAUACAGUUCUUGCAGUGAGGGGAGAGGGCAGCUAAUGAUCUUCUGAGCAGCGAUGAUGACUCUCUGGAGUGCUUUUCUGUCUGCAGCUGUGCAGCUGGCAAACAGUACGUCAAAAUGCUCGCUACAAAGCAGCGAUAGAAGGCUACCAGGAGCUUCUCAGAGAGUUGCUGCUUCUUGAGGAGUCUGAGAAAAUACAGUCUCUGUUGGGCCUUCUUCACAAGCACUGUGCUGUUAGCACUCCAGGUGAGAUCAUCUUUGAUUCUGACACUCAGGAACUUGGUCGGCCACCAUCUCCACACAGUCCCCCCUGAUGAACAGGGCCUGAAUGCAUACUUUGUUCCUCCUCCUGUAGUACUUAUUUUUGUGGUGUUGAGAAUUUAGUUGUUGUCCUUGCACCACCAAGAUAGCCUCUCCACCUUGUCCCAGUAAGCAGAGUCUCACCCCACCCCACCCCAAGCUGAUGGCUCGAGCUUCAUAUUUACUGUACAUAUAAAUAAAGCAUUCAAUUCAAUUCUGCGUUAUUUUUAUAGGUCCAAAUCACAAAAGUCACCUCAAGGCAGUUUGUACUGCAAGAUAAAGACCUUACUUUAUUAGUGAGAAAACCUCAACAAUCAGAUGAUUCCCUGUGAGCAAGCAAUAGGCAACAGUGGGAAGGAAAAACUCUCUUUUAACAGGAAGACAACUCCAGCAGAACCAGGCUCAGGGAGGGGCAGCUAUCAGCUGCAGCUGGAUGGAAGAUGAGUGGGUGGGUGGUGGGUAUUAUGGGAGAGAGUAUACAAAAUUUAAUGACAUGCAGCAGUGGUGUAUAAACAUGUGGGAAAUGAAAAGAGGCUUCAGGGUCACCUGAUCAAGCCCUUAACUAUAACCUUUAUCAUAAAGGAAAGUAGAUUUUUUUUCACAGGUGAUACCUGCACAUAAGUUUUUCAGGAUAUUAUCCGUCGUGUCAGUCAUUUAACAUUCUGUAACCUGUCAGCUUUCUUCUCUAAAGUCUGUGUUAGAAUACAGCAAGUAAUUAUUUGGGAUGUGGGCGCCUCCUGCACGCUCUGCCACGGUGCUGCUCAAAUUUAAACCAACAUUUUUCCAGUGGUGAGAACCAAGCUGAAGCAGACUUUCUCCUGCUGUGUGCUACACUUGAAUAUGUCUAGCUGUUUUUAUGUGUGGAAACAGCUAAGCGUAUUGAUCUUCUUAUUUAACUCUCAGCAAGACGGCAAGUAUUUUUCAAAAUGUUGAACUAUUCCUUUAAAUAGUUUAAAGAAGACCAACACAUACUUUACAUCCAGCAGACAGUAUUUUUGUACAAUUCUCUACCUUCUUUUAACUCUUUACAUUUCUGUCCUCAGCGCUCUUUUACCUGAUUCCCUCUGACAUCAGUCACUGUUGAUGUUAAUACUGUCCAUAUUAUCUAGGGUUUGUAUUUUCUUGUUGUGGUCUGGUGUGUGAAAUGAUUAAUUUUAGGCCAGAUGCUGUUUUAAUUUUGUUGUUUGUUUAUAAUUCACUUGUUAUUUUACUCAUUAUUUAACUGUAUUAAUUGCUGUAAAAAUGUCUGUCCCACUGAACUGCCUUUCAUUUCAAAUUGAAGUUCAUCAACUGCCUCCCUACAUCCUUAAGUCUUAAUUCAGAGUCACAGGUCCAGGUUGU